CAGAGGUCAUCUGGAAUUCCCACACCAUCCAACUCGGUUUACAAAUCUACAAUCUUAGAAAUGCAAUCAAUAACGCACAUGUACCAACGAAGGAUGUUGUUUACAAACAAACACUGGAAAGUGACAUCGCACAUGACAUGAAGCGAAUUUCAACCAUCCAUUGCACUUACCCGGGCAGCAACUACUUCUAAACAGUACAGUUACGCAUUAAUGACUGUCUCUUGGUAAUCAUGGCGACCUCUCUUCAUGACAGUGUACAGAUAGAACUACUGAAGCAUGUGAAAACUGUGUAUCAAUCCACUCAAACAUUGCCAGAAGACCUUCUUUCUGCUCUGCAUUUUGUCUACAAGGCUCCAUUACUGCAGGCAUUAGACCUUGUGGACAAUAAAAGCGUUACAAGAAUCACCUGUCCUGCUGGACGAAUAGCUUUCCAGGUUCAAGGAAGCUCUGGAAUUCCCUACACUUGUCUACCCUCUUCUAAUUUCUGUACCUGCCAAUAUUAUUCAUUUACAGUUCUAAAGAGGAAAGAUGUUAACUUGUGCAAACAUGUCUUAGCAGUGAUGCUCAGCUGUGCAAUGGGAGCAUGCCUGGAACAGGAAGUAACUAAUGACCUCUUGGCUAAAAUAUUGACCCCUGAAUGUACUGAAGUGGAGAAAAGACCAUAGAAAUAUAUUCCCUGUAAUGAUGGGGACAUCACAGUGUGUUUACUGCAUUGCUUUAAGUGCUGUUCUGUGGAUACUGCAUUGGCUGUAUAAGUGAUGUAACUUAAGUACUGCAUUGCUUUAGGUGCUGCAAAUAGGUUACUGCAUUCCACACAGUUGAACUAAAGACACAAUGGUUUUGCAUUCUUCUGCUAAUGUGAUGUUCACCAUGGUCCAGUGGUUAGACUUCAGGGCUUGCAAUCACAAGGUUGUGGGUUCAAAUCCCCCAAGCUAACCUCCGAUUUCACAAUGGCUAGAAUAAGUAAUUUUGUCUAGUUACUGAACCAUAAUUUCUUGACUUGUGCAAAUUUAUAAUCAUAGGCGUUAAACCAAUGUUUGUUGGGGACAGAUUGGUUGUUGCAAAAUCAAUCAUAGAUUCAUUGUCGUUAGACAAAAACCCAAAUGGAGAGAAGACAAAGAAGGAAGUUUCAGUUUUAGAUGAAGGAGGGAAACCAGCCUUGGAAAACCCAAAUAGUCAGGUAGGGACUGAAAAUCAAAUCCGUUUUGUGCCCUGGUGAGAUUCGAACCAAGGUCCUAGCUGAGAUGCUUCAACGACUUUCUGAAAUACUUCUACUUUUGAUCUUAAUCCUUCAACUACUGUUUACAAAAAUGAUGGAUUGUAAGCUAAUUUGAUUUAGUUUUCACGUAACUAUUAGAUCAACUAAACUGAAACAACCAACAAAAAAUGUUUUUAAAAAGGUGCAGCCUUUGAUUUCACCAAAUUCUUCCUAAUUUGGGAUUAAUCUUAGGACUUGGGACGAGUCCCAGCCUUACACUGUAACAUGUCGACCUUAAGAUUAAUCCUUUAAUUAGGACGAGUUACUCGUCCAGAACUGGCGUUUCCUGAAAUCAGCUGCUAGACACAAAUACAAAAAAUGGCCUCUAGGUAAGGUAGCAAUACAUAUUGAACAUUCAAAUAAUAAUAUCACUGAACAAAUCCAGCACUCUUUUUUUUACAGCUCAUAGAAUUAAUUUAUUUUUAAGAUGCUUUAAACAAUAAAAUGUGCACAGUUUGAUGUAAAACUUACAACCUUCAGUCUUGAAUUCUAAAAAAGUAACAACAAUAAUUUCAAUUGUACCCUGUAAAGUAGUAUUAUUUGUUAAGUACUGUGUACAUUUCAUAACAUGCUUUGUUUGUAAAUGUUAAAUUAAUUGUUAAUUAAUGAUGUUUUGAUUGUAAGAACAGAUUUUUUAAAACAGGGAAAUAUUAUGUAGUGUUCUACAAACAUUGAAAAUAUCAAGUUUUGCUUACAAAUUGUACUCGGCAUAUCUGUAAUAUUCAACCGAACCCAUCUUUUAAACUUUCUCAAUGGCCGAUUGUACCAUAUCAUCCACAUUUUAGAGGUAUUAGCGAGGUUACGCAUGUGAAUGGAUACGGUUAGUGCAACGGAUAUGUCAUCAUCAUGACGUCAUAUAAGAACUUUGUUAAAUAAACAAAACAAAUUGUGAUUGCUACAGACAAACAGAAAGACUCUUGCAGUUCAGUUUGUGGCUAGACUGGUUGUAGGGAGAUGUUACUAGUCGCCUUUUUUGGCUGAAGUGGGUAAAGCAGGAUUCAAAUUAAUAAAUGGCCGCCUAACUUAGAAACUCCUUGCUUCACGCCUGGGCCCAAUUUCAUGGCUCUGCUUACCGUAAGCACAGAAUCGGCGCUUACAGAAGCAGGGAAUUCUGUGCUUACGGCAAGCGUAUUUCAAGGGUUAGCUGCGAAUUUUGGCCUCUGCACGUGCGUACUCCACGUUACUAGGCAUUCUACGCUUACCAGGCUAGCGCAGAAAUUCGGCGCUUGCACGUCAAGCGGGAUUGUGAUCGUAAGCGCAAAAUUCGGCGGUAAGCAAAGCCAUGAAAAUGGGCCCUGGAUAUUACUGAUGCUUAAAUGUUACAUCUUCGUAGAAAAAUAUCACUUACUCUAUGGUUGUGUGCAUUAUUGCAAGUUUAAGUUAACACACUGAAGUAUCUGCCAGCAAAUACCUGGUACAUGUAAGUAUUUGCAUUGUUGCUUUAAACUACAGAAAGGUAAUUUUUACUGUACCACGCCCGAUUUCAUAAAGUAUUAAGCAAAAAAAUCUGCUCACCAAAAUCAAAUUUCAUUGCAAAGGAUGAAAUUAGUAGGGUACCUUUCCCAAUAAUGGUAACCAAAAAGUAUUUUGGCUGGUAACCUAUUUUGCUAAGCAAGCGUUUUCUGUGCUUAGCAAGUUUGUGUGCUACAUGCUUAAUGAAAUUGGGCAGAGUUAAAUAUGCUUAACUACAAUUACAUCUUGUCGCAUCAGUAUUUUCUUAGUAAAAAAAAAAAGGACUAAAACAAUCUACUUUGCAUGAAAGCCUUUGCACAUAAUAAAAAAUCAAAAUUUACAUAUCAAUAUGGGAUGAAAUAAUAAAACAUGCUUAUGUGUCUGGUGGUAUGAAUGAAACAGAGGAAUAUCAUUUGCAUCAAGUUAACUGAACAAAUUAUGGGUACUUUCUCUACAAUAAGCGGUCAUCUUCUUUUGGCUGUAUGGAUUGUCGA